AGUUUUGAAGUAGGUAAUUGUUGAAAUAAUAGCCAUAUAUCGCGCUGCGUUUUGAAAUUUUUGUUCAUCUGUUUUUUAACCUGGCAUUUUGUUUACAUAUUUUUUUUUUUAAGAAAUGUUUUUUAUAGUAUGUAAGAUGUUCUUGUAAAUUUUGUGUCAAUAAUCUGUUGAGGGUUAAUAUUUUUGUAUAGAGGUAUUUUCUGAGAAUCCAUCAUGGUUGCCUACUAUAUUUGUUUUGUUGCUGUUUCGCUUAUACAUAAGACAAAUGACCGAGGGUGUUUGAUCGCUAAUAUAUCAUAACCCGGAUAUAUUAAAAAAACAACUUGUUAGUUGGCAAAUAUUUUAAAUAUUGUGAUAUAAACAAGUUGCACUUUUUUAUAUUAGAUUGAUCAUGGUAGGCUAAUCUCCAAAUACAAUGAAUUACAGAUAUUCUUCAGUUGAAAUUCAACGACAGUUGUAUAUAUACAAGAAAAGGCUCUCAAAACUCAAGCGCUUUGCAAAAGAAAUGGUUUUUGUGAAUGCCUCUCUUUGCGACUAUGUGGCCCAGCUGCAGGAGAUGGUGUUGGUGGCGACCCAGGAGCGACGGUUCCUGCUCAGGAAACUGUACCAGUUCAAGCAGUCUUCUGAGGCGGACGUGCAGCCUACGUCUCAGGGGGGGAAAUACGGUUCCGGGCACAGCCCCCCGCACUUGGCUGUUGAAGGCUUCCCCUCCGCCAAGAAGCACACCAAGAGGAAAUUCGCUGAUCUCAAUGACUCUGGAAAAACGCACUCCAAACCAAAGAAGCUGAACACGCCCAAGGCCAAGAAGAUAGUCCAGCCCAUCCCGCUGGACGUGACGGGGCGGCCUGUGUUCCCCAUCGUGCUGGGAGGACUCACCGUGCACAGUCUCGGGGAGGUGGUUUCGGACCGCCCGGACUACCACUCGGAGGAGUUCAUCUUCCCCGUGGGCUUCUGCUCGACGAGAGUGUACGGCAGCUUGAAGGACCCCGAGAAGAAGUGUGUGUACACGUGCAAGGUGAUGGACGGGGGUCCGGCUCCCAGGUUCGAGAUAGUGGCGGACAGCGACCUGGAUGUGCCGCUGGUGGGGGCCUCGGCCAGCGACUGCCACUCGCUGCUGCUGCAGCACAUCAACAUGGCGGUGGGGGUGGAGGUGGCGAUGGCCCGUGGCAAGGGCCCCGAGUUCUUCGGCUUCUCCCAUCCCACCAUACUGAACCUCAUUCAGAGCUCUCCGGGCACCAGGAAGUGCUCCGCCUACAAGUGGAGCAAGUUCGAGGUCAGCAGGACAGGUGAGCAAGUAAUGGAAGACAAAGACCCAGCUCUGAAUUUUGAGGCGCUUCAGCGCAACAUUGCGUUUGCGCGCAGCCACAUGGUGGCGACAGUUAAAGAGGAGUCGACGGACCGGAUCCUGUCCAAUCCCAACGCCACCUUGAGAGGGCUGCUGAUGUCGUGAGUGGACCUGGCCCCCAAGGAAUGACAAUGUGCUUGGAAAUGUGUGCUCAGUAGAACCCUGGAAUAAAUUUAUUCACUUUAUGUUCAAUCCUUUUCUUCAGCAACAUUUGAUCAUGUUAUAAUAAAGCUUGCAGAUAAUUUAAAACAGGGUUCCUUUGUAUAGUAUGUUUUACUUAAAUGCUUGUACACUGCCUAAAUAAAAUUAUAGGAAAUGUGCAACAUUG